AUGGCCCGCGGAGUGGACAGCCUCGCCCUGCCGGGCGAGGACUUCUGCGCGGCGCACCGGCCGUUUGGCAUGGACUCCGCCGGGGUGGCGGCCGCGGACCCAGCCGCCGCUGCUCCAGCUGCCGUGGCGGAGAGCAUGGACACUGACGACGACACGGAGGGGUCAGGCCUCACCCAGGCUGCAGAGGCGCUGCAGCUGGCUGGAGCCCCGGUUGCACCUGGACUUGAUCCCCCAGCAGCUGCCGGAGCGCACCCCGCCGGCAUCGCCGCUGCUGCUGCCGCCUCGCCUGCCGCGCUGCCGUCCGCAGGUCAGCAGUCUGGUUCUCCCCAGCUCCUCCUAUCCGUGCACGACUUCCAGGAGCUCCUUGAGGCGGAGGCCCUCCAGUACGUCGAGCUCGUCCAGGCGGGCAGGACGGCUUCCGAACAGCAUCGUACCGCAGUGUCCUUCCCGGGAACUUGGCCGGACCUCAAGGCGAUCUUGGGCAAGCUCGCCUACAGGCUGGACGACUCUGAUCCUUGGGCGGACCGGGUCCUGGCCAACCAGGCGGACGUGAUGAUCUCGGCGGCGGCAGCGCACUGCGAGGCUUGCCUGCCCGACGUCCGCAUGGCUCGACGGCAGCUCCGCCCCGACCGCCUCCCGCAGUGGAAGGAGCUGGGAGGGGAUGCGUUAGCAGCUAUCCGGGCCCUGCCGGGCGCGGAAGGGCACGACUUCCUCACGCAAUGGUCACAGGUCCUCGACCCGCGGGGCCGCCACGCCCCCACGGUCGAGCGUCACCGUCGGCUGUCGGACCUCCUGGAGAAGGGCGACGCCCGCUUCCUCCAGGAGAUGAGGGGUCAGCAAUUGUUGGCCUGGGCGCCCGCCGACACUGGGGCGUUGCAGCGGAUCUUGUCACAGUUUCUGCGACGUGCCUCCACGGAGGCACCGACAUCGAUGUUGCUGAUCACGCCACUUCCCUUCUUUCCUGGGGCGGCUACGAUGACACAGAUACUCGACUUGUGGCACCACCCUCUGCUCGGGGAGAAGCACGCGGCGAUCGUCCAGGCCAUCCAUCUUCUUCCACAGCCGUUGGAGUACAUCCUCCCCGGACUGCGUGGACCUCGCCAUGUUCGGCAAGGAUUGGCUUGCUUCCGCAUCGCGCGCACGGGCCCGCGGAGCCCCCCGGCGAUUGUCUUAUCUCGGACCCCACUCCUGAAGACUACUGGCUCCGACAGUGUCACCAUCGACACUCCGUUGAACCUCCUGCCGACCCUCAUGUCCAAGUUGGCCACCUUGGAGGAGUUCCGGAGCAGUCCGAUUCGAGACCCCACGCGUAGCAUUGGCAGCACGAACGAGUCUCCCCGGACAUCCGUGGAGCUACUCCUCCCACCAGCCCUAUCGCAGCUUGGCAAGGAGCUCCUGGUCCGCAGGCUGCAGCGGUCGGUGCUUUCGCAAGGGAUGCUUAUCGGCCAUCGGAGCUUGUACGUGGCAGAGGACGCCAUGAUCCUCGAGUGUCUCUCACCUGCGGUGAUGCUGAAGGCCUGGCCGCUUUGCUCGGAGGCCCUUUUCCUCACCCCGAACAAGCUCCUGGUACGCACUGACGCUUCCGCAGAAACUUGGACUCAGUUGAUGGACGGGCUCUGCCGAGAGGGGGAGCUGAGUCUCAUCACGAAACUCCGUUGGAAGUCGAGCCGCACGGAGAUCAAUCUGAAGGCCUUUGACGGCAUCGAGACCACGCCGUCGGGCUUCUGGAAGCACUUGGCCUCCUACGACCCCGCUUGCCCACCAGGCCGCGCCCGGCUGUACCUCGCCAACCACACGGAGGUGGGGAAAGUGCACGAGGCACUCCACGGCCAGGUAUUGCAGGUGGGCGACGACUGGCUGGCCAUCUCGGGCCAGUACCUCGGCAAGCUCUCCCUGACAAUAUGGAACACGCAGGCGCUGUUCGCCGCAGACGGUUUCCGCCACAGGGAUAAGUCUCGACACGUGCACCGGCUCAUGGCCACGCACGAUGUGGGCGUCUGGUCCGAGAGCCAUGGCACGGCCGACCGGGGCGCCCUCUGGCGCGAGCCUCCUGGCUGCACCUCGUGGUGGUCCCCAGGCCCCUCCUCCGGGACGGCUGGCGUUGGCAUCACUGUCAAGACGGAUUUCUUCAAGCUGUUCGCACGCCGGGUCCACUUCGAGAUUAUAUUCCCUGGCCGCGCGGCGGUGCUGCGCCUCGACGGGGGCCAAGGCUCGCUGGACAUCUACACGGUGUACUUCCACACGGGGGACUCCACGCCUGCUGAGGACGUCGUGGAGGCCGGCUUCGACCCAGCCCAGCGCGUCCCCUCCAACUUCGAGCUCCGCGAGGCGUUGCGGCAUCGGCUGGCCCGCCGCCUCCGUCCCUGCGAGGAGGCUUUAAGCAUCCUUGGGGGGGGCUUUCAUCACGUACUCCGCCCGCCAGAGCGUGUCUGCAUCUCCACGGGCGCAGCCACGGGCCAUCGGGGCCACCGCGACGCCACCAGCUGGCGCACCUUGGUAGAGGUCCCCUACGGCAUCCACGAGCUCUACCAGCCGGAACACACGUACGCGGCACCAGACACCAGAGCGCGGCUGGACCGCGUGUGCUGCAACCAGUACGACGUCGAGUACCUCGACAAGGCUUGCGCCUGCACCGCCCUGGCAUGGUGCCCCGAGUUGUCCCGCCACCGCCCACUCAGCUUCCGGAAGUGCCCCGCGCAGCCGCGCGCAGACCGACCGGCGCCCCUCGGGGACCAGGCCCUCGAGCAUCCAGAUUUCCCCCGGCAGGUCACAUUAGCUUGGCAGGAGCUCCUUCACAACAACCCCGACGCGCACGCCCUGACCCGGCUCCAGCUGCUGAAGCAGGCGAUGCGCCAGGCGGAGCUGGCCCUGGCUUCCCAGGUGGGGUCCGCCCCCCCGGCGGAGCAGCUGGAUGACCGCAUCGGCGUGUGCAUGAAAUUCCUCAGGGCUUCGGAGGCCUGCAGUCCAGAACGUAUUUCCCGAUGCCUCGAGCGGUAUCCGCUCUUGCGGGAUAUGGUCGCGAAUCCUUACGACUUCACGUCCCCGCCGGGCCCUCGGCUUGCGCGGGUGCGUAGUCACGUGAUGGAGUUGCAGCGGGAUUUCACCAUGCAGGAGCUGAACAGGCUGCACGAGGACCUCCGCGAGCUGGAGCCGGCCCAAGCAGCGCGCCGGCGGCGGCGGAACCAGCAGCUGGUCUGCAAGCUCGCGCCGGGCCGCAGCUGUCAGCACUUCGCGCUGGACGCGCCUACCGGGGAGGCGACGACGGACCCCCAGGAGAUGCUCGGCAUUCUUCGCGGCCAUUGGUCCGAGGUCUUCCGCCGGAAGGACAUGGACACGUCCCUGCUGGACACUUGGUUGCGAGAAGAUGCGCAGCACCUCCCAGCCGACUACACCGACCACCUGCCCCACCUCGCUGUGCCGCGUCGUGCAUUCCGGCAGGCGAUCCGCAAGUCGGGGAACUCCGCACCGGGCCGGGAUGGCAUCCCCUUCAAAGCGUGGCGUAAGAUAGUGGACUUAGCCACCGACGCCUUCCACGAAGCGUUCGAGGCGAUGAUCGCCCCCACAGGGCUCGACAUGGUCCAGGAGGCGUGGCACGAUUUCAACGAGAGUGUCAUGGUAUUCUUACCGAAGAAGCCCACUUCGACGCGAGCAGAUGGCACCGCG